AACUCUCUGAAACUCCCCCAAACUCCCUCUAAUAAACUCUCUCAAACUCCCUACACUCCCCCAAACUCUCUCAACUCAAAAACACAAAACUCUCUCAAACUCCCUAUACUCUCAAAAUUCCUGAUAUUUAAAAUACACUCAGCUCCCCCGAAAUCACCGGAGGACUAACACCUGCUAGUAUUUUUUUUUCCAGAUCAAAUCUUUCUUCUUCUUUUUCUUUUCCUCCAUUUUUCCAACCAAUUCAAGAAAUUGGAAUAAUCUUUGAAUAAUUUAUCGUUUGAUAGUAUAAUCAGAACAACCACCGCCACCGCACCGCCUUCAGAAAAGAACCCUUUAUAAUCUUCAAGAUCCCCACCGUCUUCUUCAUCACCGGUGUUUGUUUCAAUGGCAGGUACGAGGAGGUAAUCAAAGUACACCAAAUUGAUGGAGGAUUUAUUUGGGAGGUGGAGAUAGAGACACGAACUGUUCUUGGUCAAAUAAAUCUUGAUUAGUGUAAGUUGGAUGAAAAUCACUGUUGCUUUAUUUUCUCAGUAAGUGAUAUUGAUAUAGGUUGAAGCUUCUUUCAUUUAUCAUCUGAGCCUGCGGAAUUACUCUUGUUUGUUGGAUUCUGAGACUGGUAUUUGAGUACACUGUCUUGAUCAUAUAGACAUUAGGAACUUGUCUUGAUAUAUUAUCUACUGUCUAGGCUUUAGGAUGCUCAAACAUCUUUGCUGAGGGAUACAGUCGAAACAUGUUUACAACUUGGCUACCAAAAUGGGGGAGGUCUGGGAUGACAGAAUAUCAUAUGUUCAUCUCGGCAUGCUUUGCUGUUGUUUUUGUUGGAAUCUGUACAAUAGCUUACACCAUCUUCCAGUGGAGAAGAAACACUAGUAUUAGCUGGAUGAAACAAAUCGCUACGUCUUCUAAGAAAAAUCCAAAAGCAAAGCACAAAGUCCCAAUAGCCGCACACACAUGGAGCUUGGAGUCCCUUUCGCGUGGAAAGAGUCUGAAUUGUUGUGUUUGUUUGGAAUCCGUGAGCCCAACUCAGCCUCUGAUGACCUCCAACAGCUUCAUUCACCGUUGCAAUGUAUGUGGUGCAGCUGCACAUCUAAGCUGCUCCUCAAAGGCGCAAAAGGAUUGUAAGUGUGUUUCGAUGACAGGGUAUGAAAACAUGAUUCACCAAUGGGCUGUGCGGUGGACAGAGAUUGCUGAUCAACCAGAUGAAACUUCCUCCUGUAGUAAUUGUGACGAACCUUGUAAUGCAUCGUUUCUUGGUGGUUCUCCAAUCUGGUGCUGCUUGUGGUGUCAGCGGCUUGUUCAUUUCGAGUGCCAUGUUAAUGUGUUUCAUGAAUUGGGUGAUAUUUGUGAUUUGGGUCCAUUCAAAAGGCUCAUCUUAUCACCACUCUUUGUUAAGGAAUUGAGUCGUACUAGCUCAGGUGGUUUUUUGAGUUCAAUCACGCAAGGAGCUAACGAGCUUGCAUCUACCAUGCGUGUACGCAUCAAGAGUCAUCGCAAGAAGCACAAGCGUGGGAGUGAAACCUCUAUGGAUACUACAGCAAAUACAUCAAGCACCUGCGAUCAGUCAAUGGAGAGUACUGCUGAUACUGAUCAAACACCAAAAGCUUUGAAUGGAAAUGGUGAAAGUUGUAGUGGUAAUACGAAGUUGCAGGUAACUCAUGAUGGUGGUGAAAUGAAUAAUAAGGUGGACCUGAAGCCAAAUUACCAAAAGGUACUAUCAUCCAAUCAGAGAGACGAGUCUCAGGUUUUAGGGAUACAACAGAAAUAUGAGUUGAUAGAUUUGCCUCCAGAUACAAGACCACUUCUUGUUUUCAUAAACAAAAAGAGUGGGGACCAACGUGGCAGUACACUCAGGCAACGUUUGAACAUUCUUCUGAAUCCUGUUCAGGUAUUCGAAUUGAGCGCCACACAAGGACCAGAGGUGGGUCUUUAUUUAUUUAGAAGGGUACCUCAUUUCAGGGUUCUGGUAUGUGGGGGGGAUGGUACAGUCUGUUGGGUUCUUGAUGCCAUCGACAAGCAAAAUUUUGUAUCUCCUCCCCCAGUUGCAAUUCUUCCUGCAGGGACAGGGAAUGAUCUAGCAAGGGUUUUGUCCUGGGGAGGUGGUUUGGGUGUAGUGGAGAGGCAAGGAGGACUUUGCGCGGUGUUGAACCACAUAGAGCAUGCAGCAGUUACUAUUCUGGAUCGAUGGAAGAUAACAAUAACAAACCAACAUGGGAAAGUUCAAUCACCAAAGUUCAUGAAUAACUAUCUUGGAAUUGGGUGUGAUGCAAAGGUGGCUUUGGAUAUUCAUAAUUUGCGGGAAGAGAAUCCAGAGAAGUUCUAUAACCAGUUUAUGAACAAAGUGCUGUAUGCUCGUGAAGGUGCAAGGAGUAUCAUGGAUAAUACGUUUGAAGACUUCCCUUGGCAAGUCCGAGUAGAGGUGGAUGGGGUAGACAUGGAGAUCCCUGAGGACGUGGAAGGUGUACUUGUUGCUAACAUUGGUAGCUACAUGGGAGGUGUGGAUUUGUGGCAAAACGAGGAUGAAGCUGAUGAUAAUUUUGAUCCUCAGUCCAUGCAUGACAAGAUGCUAGAGGUUGUCAGCAUAUCAGGAAUGUGGCAUCUAGGAAAGCUUCAGGUUGGACUUUCACGAGCCAAACGACUUGCACAAGGGCAAUCUAUCAAGAUCCAUAUCUGUGUUCCCUUGCCAGUUCAAGUGGAUGGCGAGCCUUGGUUUCAAGAACCGUGCACAUUGACUGUAUCGCACCAUGGUCAGGCAUUCAUGCUGAAAAGGGCUUCUGAGGAACCUCUUGGUCAUGCAGCUGCCCUAAUAGCCGAUGUACUCGAGAAUGCUGAAAGCAGUCGUGUCAUUACUGCCUCCCAAAAGCGAGUCCUGCUUCAAGAGAUGGCAUUAAGGUUAUCUUAGAGACAAAUGAAGAACAGUAUACAUCCCAAGUCGCUUCAGUUUCUGAUUCAUCUUUUAUGGUUUUUUUUCUUAGCUCUCACUGUAUCCUAUGGAAAUUGUACAUUUUAAAUCGUGAAAUAGUAGAGCACAGUACUGUGCGAAGUCCCUGAUUUCUGGACUAGGAUAGCCAAGUUAAAUGUGGAAAUAGUCCUCGUGUUCAGCCAGUGAAUGUGUCAAUGGUUGUUUACUGUAAAGAAAAACAUUAUCACUCGGUUUGAUCACAGAAAAUUUAGUUUCGAGUUUCAGGUAAAAGAA